UGACGGCAGAAGAUAGAUGACACUAGGUGUUAUAACAAAAAAUGUAAUUUAAUAAUUACAUUACCAAUGCUGGCUUUGCUUGUGCUUUGUGUAUCACUUCGUCAUGAUAGUUCUGGAUUGUUGUCGAAAUGGUACUCGUUGACAGAUAUUAAUUUUAGGGUAGGAAACACUGCUUUGAAUAUGCUGUAGAGAUUAAUUUUGACAGGAUUGAAAAUCAAAACCGCACUGAAGGCCAAGCAGAAAAGCCGUUGGCAAGCCAUGUUGAUGGCCCCAAUAUUGUCGGAGAGCAAUGUUCCAUCGAACCGAUUGCCAUACAACAGCCGCCAGAGACUACCCAGCACUGACAGUGACGACAGCAGCAGCGAGGACAACGCUCCAAUGGAGGGUCCAGGUGCAGAUGAGUACACUUUCACUGAGAACAGUCAUUCCAGCAUGGUUCUGACAGGACUGAACGAUCUACGCAAGGCUGGCCAGUUUUGUGAUGUGACACUUUCCGUUGACGGAGUCAAAUUCCCUGCUCAUCGCAAUGUUUUGAGUUCCUUUAGUCCUUAUUUUAAGGCCAUGUUCCUGAGCAAGUUGGCAGAGUCCAAGCAGAGUGUGGUGGCACUGAAGGGAAUAGAAGUAGACAUGAUGUCGCUGCUGUUGGACUACGCCUACACCAGCUCACUGGUCAUCACCCGCACUAAUGUCCAGUGUCUGCUGUCUGCGGCGAACCUGCUGCAGGUGCUGCCCGUCAUCGAGGCCGCCUGCCUGUUCCUGGAGAGGCACAUGGAUGCCAGCAACUGUCUCGGCAUCCACUGCUUCGCCGAAGCACACGCCUGCACUGACCUGCAGAAGAAAGCCAAAGACUUCGCUUUACAAAACUUCUGGGAGGUGUGUCACCAGGAAGAGUUUCUGACACUGACGGCACCCAAACUAGUGGAACUGACGUCCAGCGACGAGUUGGAGGUGGAGAAGGAGGAGACGGUGUUCAAGGCGGUGGCUCGCUGGUACAACCACAAGCCGGACGCCAGAAAACCUGAGUUUUGCAAGGUCUUGGAGACAGUAAGACUACCACUCCUGAGUCCGUACUUCCUACACGACUGCGUGGAGAGUCUGGCCGUGGUGCGACAGAGUCCCGAGUGUUACCGGUAUGUGGAGGAGGCAAAGCUGUACCACUUACUGCCAGACAGACGGGCGGAACUGAGCUCGGAGCGGACCAAACCUCGCAACAGUGCUGCCACUAUUGAGGUUAUAGUUGCAGUCGGAGGCGAAGAUGAGAAAGUGGUGCUACGUUCAGUUGAAUGUUACUGUGUCAAAAGCCGCAUCUGGCGAUCCAUGGCGUGCUUGCCUUUCGCUGUCAGCAAGCACGGACUGGUCGCCAGUGGCAAAAAUACAUUGUACCUGGCCGGUGGGGAGUUCCCGGACGGCUCUGCCUCUCGGUCCGUCUGGCGUUACGAUCCAGCACUUGACAUGUGGCUUGAGAUGUGCUCGAUGCUUGUGCCUCGAUCUGAACUCGGGUUGGCGAUGCUGGACGGCUGUGUGUACGCAGUGGGAGGCUGGGAAGGCUCGUACCGGCUUGACUCAGUAGAGAGAUACGAUCCGAGCACCAACAGCUGGAGUCUGAUCGAGCCUAUGAAGAUGGCUGUGACGAGUCCUGCCGUCAUCGCUCACGAAGGCAUGCUCUAUGUCACAGGUGGAGCUGUGUUGGAGGACGGGGAUGGUAUAGAGUUGGUGCAGAGGUACGAUCCUCGCAAUGAUACCUGGACAGAACUGGCUCCCAUGUUGAUACCUCGGAGCGGUGCUGCAAUCUGUGUUCUAGGUUCUUGUAUAUAUGUUGUAGGUGGCUGGCAUGCUUCAACAGAGAACACCAACAGAGUGGAAUGCUACAACGUCCAGACUGAUUCAUGGACAUACAAGGCUCCCAUGUGUGAAAGACGCUAUAGACCAGGUAUAUCGGUGAUGGACGGCAAGAUCUAUGUGCUGGGAGGUGAGGAGGGCUGGGAUCGCUACCACAAUUCCAUCGAAUGUUACGACCCGACCUCAGACUCUUGGCACAUUUGCGGAGAGAUGAUCACUUCCCGGUCCUGGCUCAGCUGUGUACCCCUGCAGGUAGCUAAACAACAUAGGAUAUCUCUCUGUUAAGAAAAAGAUGCCACAAAUUGAAGUGGCUGGAAGGGACAAGUCCUGACAGACACAACCACCCCUUAUAUGGACCCUUGUCUAGGGCUCGGGCUGCUCCUGCCUUUGUGCCAUCCAGUAUUUCUUCUUCCUCUUAUCGAUUUUAAUACUCUUGCUGUUCCUCGGCCGGUCCCUUGCUUGCCGUCCGAGCGUUGUCUCAUGUCAGCAUACUUUCGUUUGUUACUUGUUUUGUAUCUAUAUAUAAAGUUUAUGUUUUCGUUGGA